AUGCAUUCGACUUCACGACCACUACCGAAGGACAUCUACACCCCUCUCCCAACAUUCUUCCACGUAGACGAGAGUCUCGACCUAGAGUCUUUGUCACGCCACGUCCAGUACACCGCAAUGGCUGGUUGCACACCCGUCGUAUGUGGUUCCGCCGGCGAAGCGCCACACCUGUCCUGCGAAGAAAGAAUCCCGAUCAUUCAAACAGCACGCAGUGCCCGUUCGUCGAUUACCUUGGAUCACAUUCCGGUCAUAGCAGGCGUCGGCGCGCCCAGCACCCGUGAAACAAUCAUCUUGGCUACACAAGCAUACAGUGCUGGCUCAGAUUACGCUAUGGCCAUUGCGUCGGGGUUUUAUGCCAGUGGGCUGGUUAAAAGACGAGCUGCAAGCUAUCAAAUGCUAUUUCUUGGACGUAGCGGGGUGUACGAUCUUAUCGUUGAUGUUGCGCGUCAGUCGCCAGAUAUAGGUUGUGUAAAUUUGACAUGUGGGAGCGUAGGUAAGAUUGUGAAGAUUAAUGUUGUUGUUCAGUCUGACCAUUUCAUGAGUCUAGAUCCGAGAUCGAAGCCGUGCGAAUGCUUUCUUGUUAUUGAUGGGUUUAUCGACAUACUGUUGCCGUCGAUUGUCUCUGGCGCUGGUGGGGCAAUAUCUGGUCUUCCCAACUUGAUCCCUCACACAUGCAACAGACUCUGGGAGCUCUGCUUUUCGAAACCCGGCACACCGCAGUAUGCAGAAGCCCAAAAGCUUCAGGGCUAA